CACACAUAUCAUUCGUGUACCGUUUCCGCUUUUUCCUUUCUCCUUCUCUCUCUUCGUAAACCUCUCUCUCUGUUAAAAAGUUUCGAUUUUUUCUUGUUUUGAUCCGCGUGAAUCGAAGUCGCCCUCUCGAAUCAGGAGAAGAAACCUCGUUUUGUUCCCAAUUGUAGCUCUGGGAUCCGUGCGUUACCUGAAGAUUCUUUUUUUCUUUUUGCGUUAAUUCUGUCUCGAGAUUUUAGAAUUCUAAGAGGUAUUGAAAAGUUGAAACCUUUAAUGUUUUAUGGGAUUCUUCAACCUUGAUCGGUGAUUGGAUUUGAAUUAAGGGUUCUUCUUGUUAGCCACUGAGUGGCGUUUUUCGUCUUCUUUCUCUCUCUUUUCGUUUAUUGAUUUUGGGGAUUAUGAAUGGUUUUGGAGAUGUUUGUUCUUCAAGUGGGUCGGUGAUGAUCGGGGAAGACAACAAGGCUGAGAUGUCUUCAGAAGAUUCUUCUUGCCCUGACGAGUCGGUGUCAGAGACAGACCUCGACCUAGCUUUGGGCCUUAGCAUUGGUCUGAAAGGUCGUCGGAAAGUCCGGUCUUCUAUGUCUUCCUCGUCUUCUUCUCUCACCAGAGAAAGUGGAACGAAACGCUCUGCUGAUUCUUCUGCCGCUGCCUCAAACGCUACCAGACAAGUUGCCGUAGGUUGGCCGCCUCUACGGACUUACAGAAUUAACAGUUUGGUCAACCAAGCUAAGUCAUUAGCUACUGACAUUCCAAAGGACACAGCAAAAAUUGGCGUGGUGGCUGCAAAGAAGGAUGAUGAUUCCUUUAUCAAAUCUACCAGGACUUCUAUGCUUGUGAAGGUGACAAUGGACGGAGUUAUAAUUGGAAGGAAGGUUGAUCUCAAUGCUCUCGAGUCUUACGAAGCCUUGGCGAAAACUUUGGAACAAAUGUUUUUCCAGAUACCUUCUUCUGUAACAGGAUCAAACACACAAGGAUGCAAGAAAAUCAAGGAAACACAAGCUUGUAAAUUGCUGGAUGGCUCAUCAGAAUAUAUCAUAACGUAUCAAGAUAAAGACGGAGAUUGGAUGCUUGUAGGAGAUGUUCCUUGGCAGAUGUUCCUUGUGUCCGUGAAAAGACUGAGAAUCAUGAAGACAUCAAGUGAAACCGGAGUUGGUGCAUAUGAUCAAUGAUGGAAGUGGGAACAGAGAGAUAUGAAAAGAGACAAGUACACAGAUAACAAAAGCCAGGGUUCGUUUCUUGUUUCUUCAAUUCAUUACAUCUCUUUGAUCUGUAAAUUGUUAAUCACAUUCAGAUAUAUGAGUAUACACAAAUGUACAUGUCUCUUGUGGUCGUUUGUGAAUAUCAAACAACAACUGAACCUUCUCUUUGAAGAUAUUUGUAUACAGUAUUUAGGGUUUAUCGCUCCUAUGGCGCCUGACUCACUAUACAGCUCGAACUCAAUUUUAUU